AUGGCAGUAUUCAACGCCGCAUCCAAAACCAUCCUCCAGGCGGAUGCUACGACGAUUCCUCGCCUCGUUCAAAUCCUGGCAGCACUUGUCCUCCUCCUUUUCCUGGUCAAGCUGGGAUAUGGCUUGUUUUAUUCCCCCCUGAGGCACAUCCCAGGCUCACGACUGAGCGCCUUUUGCGGGUUUGACGAGCUCUACACAAACAUCAUCAUGAAUGGGCAGUGGUGUAAGACAUACCCCGAGCUGCAUAGGAAGUAUGGUUCGUCCAUCGUGCGAGUCGGCCCCAACCAUGUCCACGUCAACGAUAUCGAUAUAUAUGAAAGAAUCUUCUGCAUGGGGACCGACUUCUGCAAAGACCAUACCUUCUACACCUGUGCCAACAACGAUGGGUCAAUCUUCUCUAUUGCGGAUCGCGCGAAACACCGAGAGCGGCGGAAGAUACUGAGCCCGCGAUUCUCGAAGCAAGCAGCAGAGGCCGGAGCGCCGGGGGUGCUGCGCAGGUUACAGCAGCUGGUUGAUUACAUGGCAGAGCAGACUCGGAUGGACAAGGCGUCUGAUGCGACCGACUUGAUGAGGGCAUUGACGAUCAACGUAGUGGGAGAGGUCCUCUUUGGGAAUUGCGGUGACCUUGUCGAGUAUGGGCCGAGUAAGCCCGCGCUGCUCGACACGGUUGAUAACCUCUCUUCACUGAUUCCCUGGUUGCGCUUCUUCCCUUACCUAGGCGCGAUCGGUGCUUUGUUUCCCAGUUCCAUCUCCGACCGAUUCGAGCCCGCGGGUGUUUACAACUUCAAGCAGAAAUGCAAGGAACAUACCUUACCCCGCAUGGACGAGCCCAUUAGUCCCGCCAUGGACCGCAGCCAAGCUUCGCUGAUCGAGCUGCUGAUUGCACAUUCUCACGAGACGACAGGAAAUGCACCAACGUUGCAGUACCUGACCGAGGAAACAUUUACCUUUAUCGACGCCGGGGUUGAUACGAGUGGACGGACAAUCGCUGCCGCAAUCUACUAUAUUAUCCGCAACCCUGGUGUGCAGCAGAGGCUGCGCGCGGAGCUUGACGAGGCUCCUGUUACCGAUCCAGACGCAACGAGUGUCCAUGUAAAGCUACUCAGCACCCUCCCAUACCUGAACGCCGUCAUCAAAGAGACCCAUCGUAUGUGGCCCGCUCUGCCCGGCCCUCUGCCUCGAAUCGUUCCUGCGCAGGGAUUGACAGUAGGAAAGCACUUUGUACCCGCUGGCGUGAGGCAGUCCAAUCCCCCCCCCCCUCCACAAACCUCUUUCAACCACAUGGCUAACUGUAUCCGGAAUAAGACCGUGGUGUCCUCAGCAAACUUCGUCCACCAUUUCAACGAGACCAUUUUCCCGCAGCCCCAUGAGUUCCGUCCGGAAAGGUGGCUCACCGGUGCGAGCUCCGAACAAGACCGGUAUCUCAAUCCAUACAGCCGUGGCAGCCGCGCGUGUAUUGGUAUCAAGUAG